AUGGGCGACGCCAGCGACUGGCAGACCGUCAUGCCCUCCUCGCGGUCUGCCCUCCAUCGUAUGUCCGGUGCUCACAUUGAAGAGUAUGAAAAACAAAUCAUAAAGGAAUGGGAAGCUUCGCAGGGUCACUGGUCUGGACUCGGCAAACAUUUCUCUCUUGACAAGUCCGUUGACCCCGACUUGGUUAAGAAAGCGAUUUCACGCCUAAAAGCUUCGGCUGAUGAGCCUCCUCUCGGUACUGGCUCGUAUGGCAUCGUCCAGAAGGUUACCUAUUUUCAUAAUAACCGCCGCGUGUUCCUGGCCCGCAAACUUGUGAGCCGCCCCCGGCGCGUGCCCAUUCAAUAUCUCUUAGAAGAGGCGAAGGUUAUGGAAAAGUUGGCCCACGACCACAUCAUCAAGCUUGUUGGAACUUAUUAUGACCCCAAAUACCUCUACUUGCUGCUUUGGCCGGUGGCCGCCUGCAAUCUUGAGAAUAUCCUGCUUGACAUUGACGGUUUGCGCACCGGUAAAGGAGACCGCGACGAUAUCAUCACUCGCUUGAAGGACUUGGGUCUGACAAACCUCGCUGCUAUUGAUCGUGAGAACAGCAAUUUUGGGACAUCGGCCGGUUCGUGUUCCAAACAAUGCACAUGUUGCCCGCUCAACUAUCUUCGCCAGCUCAGUGGAUGUAUCACCCGUGCCGUCAAACACUGCCACGACAGAGACAUUCGUCAUCUCGAUCUGAAGCCCUCAAAUAUCCUGUUGAACCCUGGACGUGUCUACCUGGCUGAUUUUGGCAUUGCCAGGGAUGUUCACGACCGCGACCACACCAUGACGAGAGGAAAUCUUGGCACCUUCAGGUGGCGAGCCCCUGAGGUCAACCAGGUUCAGAGUGACUGGUCUAUGAAGGCCGCGGAUGUUUACUCGCUUGGCCUGAUCCUCCUCAACCUCGCAACCUUCAUCUACCAUAGCCCACUUGGUUCGUUCGAGGACAUGAUCACCGAGGAAAAGUCUUCGGUUAAGGCAGAAAAGCUACGAAAAUGCAUCACUGAUCUCGAAAGGAUUGCUCGCACCUCUAAGGAGGUCGACGACUCACAGGAUGCCAUCAAUCCCAAGCCCUUCAUCCAGUUGGCUUCCAAAAUGGUUUCAAUAUCCCCAUCUGCCCGACCAGUAAUCUCCGAAGUUCACAGCGAACUUGUGAUAUUAGGCGGUCCGAGUCAAAUUUACCACGGCCACUGUUGCAAGGAGGACAAGGACUUUUUGAUUCACCAACUUUACAAAAAGCUUGACUUUAUGAUGGAAGAUCACAACCAUAUGGUUAAAGAUCACAACCGGGUACAAGCCGAAAAUGCUUCUCUGGCCCAUGAACUUGAGGUCUUGAAGGCUAAUCAGGAGACCUGGGAGCAACGUCUCAAAAACGAGUAUAGCAAGUACAGUGCCAACAUCAAAAUACUACAGGAACAAUUGGACAAGGAACGCGAUGAGCUUCACCGUCUCCGGACUGAGUUGCAGAAGACAAACAAGCUCCCACGUCAGUCUCUCCGUCGGCCUGCCACCGAGGUUCUUACCUCUCCCACGUCCAGUGAAGAGGGUCUUAGAAUGCGGCGUCAUACGCAGCCUCAACCUAGCCGUUCGCACGUCGUUGGUUUGUCGACCCCUUCGCCAUCCUCAUCCCAGAUUCUCAAUGCCCGCAGCUCAAACACAUCACUUCCCCCUCGACCGACCCCAAGCCCCUCCAAAGCGGCCACACGUCGGGACUCGCUUAUCCCCCCAUCGAUCGUCUCCGCGGUUCCUGCUUCCCCGACAAUCAGUGCAGUAACCAUCCCUCAAGACAAGAACCCUAGCUACCCCAUGAUUCGUACGCGCUCCCUGGGUAACUCGCGCAUUCCCAUACCCGCCAACCCAGCCACGCCGAUCCGAUCCACGACGCCCAACCCGGCAGCAGCGAACAGUGUCCGCGAUCCAUCGUCAACCGAGAAUUCUCAGUACAGCAUGAGCAGCUCCGUGUUUAGCCACAAUAACAGCCGACUGAGUCUGUCGAAGUCGUGGGACAUUACACCAGCUGACGGGGAUAUGGUGCGCUCGCCUAGGUCGGAAAAAGAUGAUCCAGUGAGAAAUAGAGAUCGGGAGAGGGCGAGAUACAGAUCAAGGUCCAACAGCGGGAAUGAGUCCGGCAAUGAAGAUGGAGAUGGCUCUGACCGUGUUAUCCAUGGACUUGGGUUAGGUUUGACGGAGAAAGAGGAUUACCAUCGCCGACAGAGCAUUGGGUCCGCCGCGACGGGGAACUCCAGUGCGGUCAACGCUAGUGGCACGGCCCGAUAUGCCGAGAGUGUAGUCAGUGCCAACUCGGUGGCGUCUAGGUCAACAAAUCCUCCACCAACUGCGAGGAAGACUCUGCCGCCGAGGCUGAUAAGUGAGCGGAGUUGGGCCGAUGUCGCGGCUCAGAGGGAACCAAGGUGGUGA